AAUUUUCUAACUUGGGAUCGAUCCCAACAUAUUUUCUGUUUUCCACAUGUCAUAAUUGUAUUGGUAACGCUGGCCACGCUGGACGAAAUCGUUCUCGAAUUGACCAAAAUGAAACCCAAAUCCUCCGAGAAAGCUUAGCUUUGACGUUUUUUCUUCCGGAAAUGGUGAAGUUCUUCCUCAUGAUCGCUGCCGACUUCGAGAACAUUGCCAGACUCCAGCUUCAGAACGGCAUCGACGAUCCCUCCUUCUCCUACCUCUUCAAGGUUGAAUUCGCUGCUCUAGAACUAAGAAGGAAAUAUGUGUUUUCGUGGGUGAAAUGGUUCCUCUUCCAAUGGGCAAAGGAACCGCUAGUCUCAUUCAGUAGUGCAAGUUCUGUGGAAGUAAAGGAACUGUGACAGUGAUCCCAGGGUGAGGUAGACCACUGAACCUAUCUUAACUCAAGGAGGGUGGCCUUGCCCCUUGAUGCUAUUUGAUUGCAGUGGUUAUGAGCCUGUGGAUUUUGUUCUUGGCGGUGGCUGGAAAGCUGAAUCUCUGGCAGGAAAAAUAUUUGAAGACAUCGACUUGUCAGGAGGUGAGUUUGCUGAAUAUGAUGAGAAAGCACAGUGCCCAGUUAUGAUCUCCAAUGUUCGUGCCUCUUUUAAGGUGGCGUAAGUGAAACCCUCCUCUUUCCAAUUCUCCUUAAAUAAAACCAACUCUUUGUG